GACGUUUUCCAACACCGAGUCUGGAAAAAUGUCACGUCGAAACGUCGAAAGCAACGACAAAAGACACAAAUAAUACAAAAAAAGCUUAUUUUGCGCAGGCAUUCGUAUAUUUGAAGUAAAUGCAAGGCCAUGCGAUUGCAUAUUUAGUUCGCGCCAUCAAAUUGUGAGUUAAAUUGUCGAGUUUUGCAACGCAACAACAACGAAACGCAGUUUGGGGCCACUGCCACUGCAUUUUUGCGAGAGAGUGUGAAAAGUGCGUGUGUGCAAAAAGAGAAUACAAAAUAAAGAGGGGCGCAAAAGAGGCAGCGAAAACAACAACACACAAAAACACAAAACACCCACACACACACACUCGAAAAGGCGAACACCCGCACACCCAAAACACACACCCACACCCAAACAACUCCAGCGUCGAGUCAGCAAAUUGUGCCACACACACAAAACGGAGAAAGAGGAAGAAGAGUAGCAGCAAAAAAAAGAGCUGCUCUUUUUACAUCUCCAAAAACUCCAAAAACAUUCAAAGCUCCGGAAUGAAUCGCACCGACGGAUUGGUUCGACGCUCGGUGAAACCCCGGGAAAAUGGGGGGGCAGAGGGCGGACUAAAUGCGAACACGCCGGAUGACAAUCAGGACGCAAUGGAUGGCCUAAAGGACCAAGAGGACAACAUCGACGAUGGCGAUUCCAAGGAGACCAGGCUCACGCUCAUGGAAGAGGUUCUGCUGCUGGGACUCAAGGACAAGGAGGGCUACACAUCUUUCUGGAACGACUGCAUAUCAAGCGGUUUGCGCGGAUGCAUUCUCAUAGAACUUGGAUUGCGAGGUCGCGUGAUGAUCGAGAAGUCUGGCAUGAGACGACGUGGCCUAUGUACAAGAAAAUUGAUUCUAAAAUCGGAUCAGCAGACUGGCGAUGUUCUACUUGAUGAGGCACUUAAACACAUUAAAGAAACAGAUCCCCCAGAGACGGUGCAGAGCUGGAUUGAAUAUCUCAGUGGUGAAACUUGGAAUCCGUUGAAAUUGCGCUACCAGCUGAAAAAUGUACGCGAACGUCUGGCCAAGAAUCUGGUGGAGAAGGGUGUGCUCACAACGGAAAAGCAAAAUUUUCUACUCUUCGAUAUGACGACACAUCCGCUGAGCGAUAAUGUUGUCAAAUGUCGUCUGGUUAAGAAGAUACAAGAUUCUGUGCUCUCCAAGUGGGUGAAUGAUCCGCAGCGUAUGGACAAGCGGAUGCUGGCGCUAAUCUUCCUGGCGCACGCCAGCGAUGUGAUUGAGAACGCCUUUGCGCCGCUAAAUGAUGAUGACUACGAGGUGGCCAUGAAGCGAGUGCGGGAGCUGUUGGAUCUCGACUUUGAAACGGAGGCGGCUAAGCCGAAUGCGAACGAGAUCCUGUGGGCGGUGUUCAUGGCGUUUACGAAAUAGACGAUCCUCUGAUCCUCUCCGCUCCUCUCAAUAGCACACACACACACACACACACACACCCAAACCCACAUCUGGAAUACAUUUUGCUGCGUUUGUUUUAGAAACUUUGCUGUGAGUGGAACCGAAUCGGGCGAUAGGAGUUUCUCAAAUGGCAACCACCCCAAAAAUCAGUUUCAAUAGUAUAUAUUUUUUAAGCGAGAUGAUGAAGCAGCCAUAAAGCCUAUAUAAAUACAUAUAUGUUUAACGAAA